AAGAAAACCACAGCAUCAUGUUGCAUCAUUACCCGUCUGGAGUCAAAUCCUGCGCUCAUAAGUCAUCAGAUAAACCAAACGAGCUCCUCACUCCGCCGCGCACAGUCGCCGCAUCAAGUCACCAGAUGAUCCAGGACAGGUGAAAGCUCGCAUUGCUGCAGGCGACCCAGCCAACAGGCGAGGCAGUCUGCUGCGGGAGGGUUAAAGAUGUCCCCGUUAUUCAUGGACCCCGGGUCCGAGUCCAGUAGCCCCGGCUCCGUGACAGCUGAAGAGCGCUACAACAGUACUGCUGGAUUGGAGAGAGAAAGGGGGGCACCCAGAGGGACGAAAAGACGAGCGAAGAACAGAGAUGCGGCGAGGAAGAGCCGAAGAAAGCAAACAGAGAGAGCAGAUGAACUUCAUGAGGAACUUCAGAGUCUAGAGCGAUCAAACUUGGCUCUUCAAAAGGAGAUCGCUGUGCUGAAAAAAGAACUUCACUUCUACGAGACGUCUUUGGAGCGUCAUGAACCGUGCUGCCAUCUCAAAGACUCAGCAGCCAGCUUCAGCUCAUCCACCUGCCUUGUGGGUUCCUCUUCAGCUGACUCUCAGACCAGCUCCAGUCAUCAGACAGUCGCCGAGGCCUCUGACUCCACUUUGGCUGCUUCCCAUCCACUCUCCUUCUCCCUGACCGCCGACCCGGAUCUUCAGAGCCUUGACUGCAUUGAAAGGACCCAUGUGUCUCCUCCAGCUGCUACAACAUUAGCCUCCUCUGGUCAUUUUUCAGCUAAGCUCUUCACUUCCCCCUCCUCCUCCUCCUCCUCCUCCUCCUCUUCCUCUAGCCCAGUGACUGCUCCUUAUUCAGCGUGUUUCACCACAUACACAGCUCCUCACUCUUUAUUUAGCAGUGAACCAAUAAUGACCUCAAGCCCAACAAAUGUUAUCCCCAUCUGUGACAGUCUUGUUUCAAACCCCGUUCCCCCCAGUGUCCUCUCCACAGCUGCGAAGCCCACGUCUGAGCAAGACACCAUCCAUGAAACGUGUUACACAGUGGAUGGAUUUUUAAAGAAAAAAACAUCUUUCCUAACUGUUGCAGCUAACGUUACGCCCCCUUAUUCCCAGUUAGAGACUGGAAACACAAGGGUAGUAGCAUCAGAUUGUCCCACCAUUUUGCCUCAGCUUCCUCCGUAUCAGUUUAGUGGAAACCAAAGCAGUUCAAGUCCGCCGUGUACCUUUUUACCAUUACCUCUUCAAAAUCCUGUUCCUCCUUCUCUCUUAGCUUCAACCCCUCCAGGCUUGGAUCCAUCACCUGCGCCGCCUUUUGCCCCAAAGCAGAGUUAUGAUCAAGACAUUACAUCCAACCCUACAUCUCUGCUCUCCCUGCUCACUGUCCCCGGUCCACUCGAUAUAUCUCAAGCUACCUCCAGCAGCUUUGAUAGCUCUCCCUCCCAGCCUCCGCCAUCAGUGCCCCAAGCAGGGGAUCCCUCAAAGGAUCUUUCACUUCAUGAUCUUUACGACUGGAUCCUAAGUGGGAAUAAUAACCAGUAGCACUACAGAAAAGUAAUUUUAUGUGUUGUGAGCAUCUGAUCUCUGGACUCAAACUAGCACCAAACCAAAGACAUAUUCAUAGUCAUAUUAAUGACACAGUACCCAAUGCUAUUUAUUUAUGAAAGCCCAGCAUCAGGAAAUGAUAAGUAUGUGGGCAGUUAUUCAUAAUGAGCUUUCUAUUACUAAAAUGGAAUAUGCAGAGAUUUCAGAAGUGAACUUCCACUUGAUUUGGAGACUCAUAAGAGACAGAAAAGUAUGAAAAAAGCAGCACAGGUGAAGAUGAAAAAGAAAAAAUCUCUUAACAAUCUAAACCCUACAGUUACCAGAAUGCAACCAGUAGCUGACUAGAUUCUCAUAUCUUUAUACCUAUAGCAUCACAGGCUAUCUUAUCCUCUCUGUGAGACUAAACUGGCCUUUAUCUCUGCAGUUAAAGCUUCUGAUUAUUAGUGCGAAAGGGUGGCAUAAAAAUACCUCAUUUAAAGCCCAGUCAGCACAAUAAAUUCCAGUGCAAAAGCAUAUUUUUUUUCAACAAUCAGUAAUCAGUUGCAGGCACCAGUCUCUCCUAAAUCAAGAGAAACGAGACACUGCAAAACUGAGUCAACAUGUGAAACUUGUAACUUAAUUUUAGAUGGGGUGGGGUGGUCUGCUCACUUCCUUGCAGCUUCAUGGAAAUGCUACUUGGAGCGAUUUUCCAUUUAGGCUGCAAUAUGAACAGAGGGCUAUGCUAAAGUUAACCACACAGCCUUACUCCCUUUUUUUUUUUUUU